CCGUGAUCAUUUCUUUCCAACUUUUUUACGAAAAUGGCGAGCCGCAACACAAUUCAGAUGCACCUCACGACUAUCAUCGCAAUCGUGAUCCUCCUCGCGGCAAGCCAAGCGACAGAAGCCCGUUUUACAAAACUAUGCGCUAAAACUGCAUACCCAACCUUGUGUCGACCGCUGGUGAAAGGGCCAAACCCGAGACGAGCCACACACAGCACGAUCCGAGCCUUGGAGGCUAAGACUAACUUGGCGCUUGCAGCCUCUGCAAGGUACAAAAACGGAAAUCCAACUGUUGCGAUUUGCUAUGCGACUCUUGUAGAUGCAUCCUUCAAUCUUAGGAACGCAAGAAAGAGCAUUAGGAAAAGAAAUGUUAUGUCGCUAAAAAUGUUUUUGACUGCGGCUGUGUCAGAUUACGGGGUUUGUGUUAACGGGUUCAUAGAUUCACGUCAAGUCAACAGAGUUCAGAACGCUGUGGAUGAGCUCAGGAAGAUUGGGACGAACUGCUUGUUGCUUGCUACAAUGAUAAGGUGAUCGAGCCACAAAAGAAGGAAACAUACAAACUAAUUCCUCAAAAAAACUGACAGAAAAAAGGCUUAAACUUAAUUAUGUAAAUGUUCUUUUCUAGUUUUCAGAGGGUGUUCUUAGUCAACAAAAUCAACCGUGUAAUGUAAUUAUAAUAGAACGUUU